GCCCUCGCCUGGCGCGCGUUUGCCGCCGUCAACACGUUCAUCGGCGCGACGCUGCUGAACAAGGGCAAGGCCGGCAGCGACUCGGUGGUCAAGACCGUCCUCUUCUUCUUCUACGAGCGGGCGUGGGCGCAGGUCUCUCGACACAUUCUAUUGCUCGCUGUCGCCAUCCAUAGUGACCUGUAA